AUGAGCCUAGAUUUGACAUCCUCGUUGUCUACCUCACUUCCGUCAUCACACAGGCAAAACAAAUAUGAUUCAAAAUCAAAAUGUCUUACGGAAAGAAGGGUGAAGCGAGAGUUGAUGUUAUGGAACGGCACAGCGACGAAUUUAGAGGAUCAAAAAUUCAGUUUUGGGAGCAAUACCAAUCGGAUGCAAUCAAUCGUCAUCAUCAAUGAAGAUGAUCUAAAUUCAGAAAAAAUUAUUACAGCUUUACAUCUAUCAGACAAGCUGAUACAUAUUCUUGUGAAUUACGAAUUAAAACAAAUAAUAAGAUUUUCUUCAAACGAUGUGAAAAUCCUAUGUUACCAUAUGUAUCAAAGAAAGAAGAACAAGAUAUCAAUUAUAUUAAGUUGUUCCGAUGAUAAUAUCUAUUUAUUUGAAAUUUUAAAGAAAGAGAAAAAGAGAAAAAACGCUCAAAGAAAAUCCACUCAAUCUACACCGAAACAAACCUCUUCCAUUUUCUCAAGAGUAGAUUCGAGUGAUGCAAAAAACUUUCAAUCUGAAUGGAGAGAUUACUUUAUAUCCAGUGAAGGAAUUAUUAUUAAGGACAUAUCUGACACUGACGUGUUGCAACAGCUUCCAGAGUCUAUUUAUCAAAUUCAAUCUAUUGAGCCAGAAGCAAUACAAAAUCUUUUUAGUGAAGAUGCAAAGAGAGGAGGCAAACACAUUUUAUUGCUAUCCAAAAUGCAGAUUUACAAAUUGUUUCAAGACGAGGAAACAGAUGAGUUAGUACUUGCCCCUCUUUGUAAAGCGCCCUCAACAUUUCAUUCAAGAGUGAAUUGUCUUUAUUACUCAUCCAACACCAGCAAAAUAUCUCAACUCUCGGACCAAAAUAGUUACAUUCUUACUGAAGAGUUUUUUCAAGCACUCUUUGGAAGCGAAUUUAUUUUAAUGACAUCCUGUAUUUGUUUGGUUGGUUGUGAAAAUGGAAGAGUUUUUUGCUUUCCUUCAAAUAAGAAUAUUAUUGAGAGAUUUUCAGAAAUGAGCUGUUAUAGAACAAUUUUAACUGUAAGAAAUUCUGUACAAAAUAUAAUACCACUAUCAAUAUCUGGCACUAACACUAGCAAUGAAAAGUGCAACUCAAUUAUUUGUGUUAGCCAUGAGGGACACAUAGUAUUGUUAUACCAUGACGGAGAACAAAUUAUCAAACGGUCCUGUUUUAUUAACCUCAAAAUAGCUUCUUCAAUUGUAGUCAAAAACCAAUUGAUUGUUUCCAAUGACAUCGGCUCUCUAUUUUCAUUCACAAUUUACAAUAAGAUACCAUCGAAUGAUGCAUUGACAAAGACGUCUACAACCAUUAAAUUAUUUGAUUCUGUGGAAGUUAGAGAAAUACCAUCAGAAUCAAAUAUUGCAAUUUUACAUGAGCUCAAAGCUAGGAAGUAUCAACCUUUCAACGUUCUUUCAUUCCCUAACACGGAAUUAUCUUUUUCACAACUAAAGCUCACUUCUCUUGACGAAAAGAAAAGGAACAUGAGAGCUAAAGGCGCAUGUACUAUAUUUACAAAAUCUGGAAAUGUGGAUCAUAUCAUAAUACCAUCACAUACUGCUAUAGACGAUUGGUUGUGUCACUCUGUUGCUUCGAAUCGAUUACAAAAUGGAGUUCGGGAAAUGAUACAACAAGUGGACGAGAGUUUUAGUAAAUUAGAUGGAGCCAAAAGAGAACAAGACCACUUAAACAGAGAAAUUUACACACUUAAUACUGCUAUGCAUCUUCUCCAUGAAUGGAAGGAACAAGGAAAGAAACUUGCAAGCAACAUCAAAUGCUUUACACGGAAAGAAGACAUGCAAACUGUAAUGGAAUGUACUGUGAAUAAUGGAACAGAUUUCGUAUUGACCAAUCAGUGGACAAUUAUUGUAAUGGUCGAAUGGAGCAACCACAAGUUAGAGUGUUACUCUUUUCCUAUCAAUCAUUUAGAAAGUCGGAGCACAUGGACGAGAACUAUUCUACUCUCGCCUCAAAGCGGCUAUUCGUCAUUUAACAUCAGCGUUAUACUCUCGUUCAAUCAAACAGAAGGCCAUUUUUCACUAGUUCUUAAAGACCAAAAAUUUAAUAUGAUGGAUUUACUUGAUAUUCAUUUAGAACACUCGAACUCUCUGAGAUUUAUUUCUGCUCCAUUAUCCAACACAAUGAACCCUUCAAAGCGUAUCCGUCAUCUAUUUCGAAAACAUUACAAAAGCAUUCCUUAUUUGGACCACUUAAAUCCACUGCUGACAAGUACAAUUUCGCACACUUUCAAGCUGAAGGUGAAUCCCCUUGAGGAAAGAUAUACAAUGAACUGGGAAAAUAUGUUGAGAAUACCUCUUGAAGAAAUAUCUAGCCUGAGCCAAGAUGAUUGGGUAUCACUUGUUGAUCGUAGAGAUGCCAAACUGUCCUCCAACAACUUUUCGACGCCAUCAUUAUUAAGAACUCCAAAUGGAGAGGAUGUAAAGCUCAAGAUUUCAACUUGUCUUGGAGGGCAAGGGUUUGAAGUGAUUCUCCAGAGCAAUCAAUUUGGAAGCCUUCUUGCUUCCAGAACAUCCUUUUUGGAAAAGCUAAAGCACUAUCUAUUGGUACGGCAAAAAAUUGACUUUACUCUUGCUUCAUAUCCAAGAGUUACUCCAAAAGAGGAAAUUAUUGAAACAAUCAAAGCCAUGCAAAACAUUCAAACAUCAGCUUCUCGAUUGCUUGCAGAAUUCGAGCAACUCGAAAAAUCUUGGCACAACAUCCUUGUCAAUAACCACUCGGAAAGUGCAAUGAACUCAUCAAAUGUUUCAUUGUUGCCCCUUAUCCAUCAAUCGAACAGUCUGGAUAAGAAAAUAGUUGAGACUUUGAAAGAGUUGAGACAGACCAAGUGUGCUCUGUGA